CAGAAAGAACGAUAAGCUUUUGGGUUUGGUGAGUGUGCACGUUUGCCCUGGUUCAGGACUAAAACUUAACGCGAUCACGGAUAACAGGAUGCAGAAUCAAGAGGAAUCUCUUCGUUACAGCCCAUACUUCACAAAAAAAUCAGGAGCUUGUGAUGAAGCUAAAGAAACAAAUAAUUUGAAAUACGAAGGCAAAAGCACCGGGAAAAGUCCUAAAAAGCCAAGACGUCCACUGAAAAGAUUUGGAGAAAUGUCUGAAGAAGAUGUGUUGAAACUAAAGCUUCCAGAACAUUUAGACUACAACCUAGAUAUUCUGUUUGUUGGAAUAAAUCCAGGCUUGAUGGCAGCCUACAAGGGACACCACUAUGCGGGAGCAAAUAAUCACUUCUGGCCUUGUUUAUAUGAAUCAGGACUGGUUCCUGAGAGGCUGACGUACCUGGAUGAUGUAAGAUGUCCAUCAUAUGGAAUAGGAUUAACAAACAUGGUGGAGCGAACAACAAGAGGAAGUGCUGACCUUUCCAGACAGGAAAUGAGAGAUGGUAAAGAUGAGCUCAUACGGAAAGUGGAGCUGUACAAACCAUUGAUAGUCUGUUUUAAUGGAAAAGUUAUAUACGAGUUAUUUUCUGGAUCCAAGUGUACAGUUGGUCGACAAAAAGAUCCUAUACCAGGAACCAAUACAGUCGUGUAUGUGAUGCCUUCCACAUCUGGUAGAACACAAACAUAUCCUCGGGCCAGUGACAAAGUUCCCUUUUUCUUGGAGCUCAAAGCUCUUCGUGAAGAAGUGAAACAGAAGUCUGCGGAUACGUCUUGUUCAGAUGGACAGCAAAAAUAUUGAGGAAAAUUUUAUAUUACAUUUAUUUUUUUCCGGGCGGGGGAAUGGGGCAUUUAGGUAAUUUUAUUUUGAACAAAUGUCUGAGAACAUUAGUCAUUCGGGUAACCGGUCGAGUCGUCCAAAAUUUAUCUCACCAGAAGUCGUGUCCCCGAAACUAGAUUCAUGUAACUUAAAAUUUUUAGUCAUGUCGCCCGAAAUAUGAAGUCCUGUAGCCCGAAGAAACAAUUAAUUUUAAGAUCAGACUUAUA